AUGAAGCGCCCACGUUCGUCUCAGAAGCCCGCGCAUUUCACGCACAAGCGCCAAAAAGUCGAGAAACCCGUCGCGGUCAAAACAUCCGCUCCACGUCGCAAAAUUGGCAUCAACGACCUGUCAUGGAAAGCCGUGUCUAUGCCCGACCGGUUGGAGGACUUUGAAGGAUUCUACGGGCUGGAAGAAAUUGACGAUGUGGAUGUUGUGAAGGAGGGUGCGACGCUGAGGUUUGAGACGAGGAAGACGGAGGAACAAUUAGAGAAGGAGAAGGAAGAGGGGAAGAAGAGGGAAGAGGAAAUCGCGAGGGAGUUUGAGGAGAUGAAGGAUAGGCAGGGGGAUGUGGAUCUGGAGGUGCAAGAGGAGGAGGAGGCGGAGGAGAGUGAGUGGGAGGGGUUCGGAGACAGUGAUGUGGAGGAGGAAGAGGGUGGUGCGAAAGCGCAGCAGAAUGGCGAUGCGAAUGAUGUGGUUGAGGCAAAAGAAGAGAAGGAAGCUAGACCGACAAAGAAGACCAAGGCGGAGAAGAAAGCGGAGAGGCAAGAAGCCAAGGGCAAGAAGGACAAGGCACAACAUGAGAUUCGCGAUGAGCAACCGAUAGGCAACGGCGCAUUCGACCUCCUCGCCAAUGCACCGUCAGACGAUGAUGACGGUGAUGUCGAUGUUUCGGCAUGGGAAGACGUCGGUCUGUCCAAGGAAACGCUCGCCUCGUUGUCCAAGCUGAAGUUCUCCCAACCAACGACGAUCCAAUCAUUGGCCAUUCCCGAAGUCCUCGCUGGGCGCGACGUGAUCGGAAAAGCUUCCACAGGCUCUGGAAAGACUCUUGCCUUCGGAAUACCCAUCCUAGAAUCAUACCUUGCAUCUCCACCAGAUUCGAAACAGCAUACUCCGACCGCACUGAUAAUAUCGCCUACACGUGAGCUUGCGCACCAGCUCUCCGCACAUCUGACUGCCCUAUGCUCCGACGGUGACUUCAAGGCACCAUCGAUAGCGACUGUCACGGGUGGAUUGGCUGUGCAGAAACAAAGACGACAACUGGAAAAGGCGGAUAUUGUCGUCGGAACCCCAGGUCGCUUGUGGGAGGUCAUCAGCAGCGGGCAAGGUCUUCUGGCUUCUUUCAAGAAGAUUCGCUUCCUAGUAGUGGACGAGGCUGAUCGCUUGUUAAGCCAAGGGUCCUAUAAGGAGCUCGGCGAAAUCCUCAAGAUCCUCGAUCGCGACGAUGAAACGGAUGAGACUGCCAAACACGCACCCGCUACUGAGAUCCAGCGGCAAACUCUGGUUUUCUCCGCUACAUUCCACAAAGGUCUUCAGCAGAAGCUUGCAGGCAAAGGCCCCAAAGGCGGUGGCGACCUGAUGAACAAGCAAGAAUCCAUGGAGUACCUCCUCAAGAAACUCAACUUCAGAGAAGAAAAGCCGAAGUUCAUCGACGCAAACCCAACCUCGCAAAUGGCCACCGGCCUCAAAGAAGGCCUCAUCGAGUGCGCCGGCACAGAAAAAGACCUCUUCCUCUACGCCCUGCUCCUCUACCACCCCAAAAAGCGCGCCCUCAUCUUCACAAACUCCGUCUCCGCCGUCCGCCGCGUCACGCCCUUCCUGCAGAACCUCGAUCUCCCCGCGUUCCCUCUCCACUCCGGCAUGAUGCAAAAAGCGCGCCUCCGCUCCGUGGAGCGCUUCACCCAGCGCCCCGGCUCCAUCCUCGUCGCAACCGACGUCGCAGCCCGCGGUCUCGACAUCCCCGGCGUCGAGCUCAUCGUCCACUACCACCUCCCCCGCGCCGCAGACACCUACGUGCACCGCUCGGGCCGCACCGCGCGCGCCGCCGCCUCCGGCUCCAGCAUCCUCAUCUGCGCGCCCGAAGAAGUCGCCGGCGUGCGCCGCCUCGUCGCCAAAGUGCAUUCCCGCAACGAAGCCGCGCCCGGCAAGAAGAAAUCGGCAUUCUUCAUCCGCACGCUCGACAUCGACCGGCGCAUCGUCUCGCGCCUCAAGCCGCGCGCUGUGCUGUCCAAACAGCUUUCUGACGCGACCAUCGCAAAGGAGAAAAAACACUCUGAAGACGACUGGAUGCGCGAAGCGGCCGAAGAGCUGGGCGUCGACUACGACAGCGAGAGCUUCGAGCAGGAGGCGAAGGGGCGGAAGGGCCGGGGCAGCGGGCGCAAGAAGAAGGAGAAGGAGGCGAGGCAGUUGACGAAGGGGAGAUGGGGCGUUGCGGGCGGAGCUGAAGGGCUUGCUGGGGCAGAGGGUGAAUGUGGGGUUAGUGAGAGGUAUUUGACUAGUGGGGAUUGA